CUCCAGACCGAGCUCACCUACCUGCAAGGCCACCUGAGCACGAUGGAGAUACCAACACCACCACCAUUCGCCGGGCAGCCACAGAUGCCAAUGACCGCCACCUUCUCCUCCGUCUCCAACCUGCCAUCGUCAUCCAACGUCCCAGCGUCCGUCGACCUGUCAACCCUCUUGGACUCGCAGACGCAGUCCCAGCAGUGGGCCUUCCAGUUCCAGCAGCAACAAAUCCUGCAGCAGCAGCAAGAGCAGCAGCUGCUGCUUCAACAACAGCAGUACCUCCAGAUGGGAGAGGGCUCUAAUAGGGGCGCCAGUGGCAGCGGCACCUUGGACGACGGCGGUGACCUGCAAGCACUGGCAAUGGAGCUCCUGGACCGGCGUCAGAGGAUGGCUGUGGGCUCGCCGCCCAAGCCGCCGACGCCGGCCACACAGUGAUGGUGCACCAACCUCUUGCUAGGUGGACUGAUUUGAUCAGGAAAGAAUCACUCAUUCAUGCAUCAUAUUGCUGGAAUCGAGAGCAGAGUCGGAGAGUGAAGAAUUAAACCUGCUGGAUUUUAUUUGUAUUUGGCAAGUAGAGGAAUAGAAUGAGGCUGUGAUCAACGAGGAGGACGAAGACGAUGAUGAUGUGGGGGAGAUGGUAGGUAACAGGCAUCGCCCGGUUUUCGCGUACCAGCUUUGUUCUUGGCCGGGGGUGCAAGGGUGCCCACUUGCCCCUUUCUAUAUUGCCUGGGAGUCUGCUCCAAAGGAGGAAUGAAGCCUGGGGGAGAGCUGUAGCAUAGCAAAUGUUAGCUUCUGUCACUGUUCGAUUGCAACAGUUCUAAUUAGAAUUGAGCCUGAUCGAUCUAAUUGCUA